AUGCCGCAGCUCGAAGAGGACGGUGGACUCGAGGCGAUUGCCAUUGUGGGCAUGGCGUGCCGGCUUCCCGGCAGCAUCGACUCGGCUUCGUCGCUGUGGGAGGCGCUCAAGCAGAAGCGCGCGGUGCAGACGGCCCGCGUGCCCGAGUCGCGCUUCAACAUCGACGCCUACCUGCACGCCAGCCUCGAGCGGCCCGGCAGCUUCAACGUGCCCGGCGGCUAUUUCCUCGACGGCCGCGCCGACGCCUUCGACCCGUCCUUCUUCAACAUGACGCCCGUCGAGGCCAUGUGGCUGGACCCGCAGCAGCGCAAGAUGCUGGAAGUCAGCUACGAGAGCCUCGAGUCGGCCGGCCUGCCGCUCGACGCCGUCGCCGGCUCCAACACGGCCGUCUUUGUGGGCAGCUUCACCAGCGACUACCAGCAGAUGUCGACCCGCGACCCCGACUUCCGCCACAACUACGCCGCCACCGGCGUCGACCCCGGCCUCAUCAGCGCCCGCGUCGCCAACACCUUCAACCUCAACGGGCCCGCUUUCACCAUCAACACGGCCUGCUCCUCGGCCAUCUACGCCAUCCACAACGCCUGCCACGCCCUGCGUGCCCGCGACUGCGCCGCCGCCAUUGCCGGGGGCGUCAACCUGGUCUUGACUGUCGACCAGCACAUGAACACGGCCAAGCUCGGCAUCUUGUCGCCCACGUCAACUUGCCACACGUUCGAUGCCUCGGCCGACGGCUACGGCCGUGCCGAGGGGGCCGGGGCCCUUUACCUCAAGCGCCUUUCGGAUGCCAUCCGCGACCGCGACCCCAUCCGCGCCGUCAUCCGCUCCUCGGCCGUCAACACAAACGGAAAGGUGCCCGGCAUGGGCAUCACCCACCCUAGCGGAAAGGGCCAGGAGCGCGUUGUGCGCGCCGCCUAUGCCCGCGCCGGCCUAGAUCCUCUGCGCACGGCCUAUGUUGAAUGCCAUGGAACCGGCACCCCUGUGGGCGACCCUAUCGAGAGCCGUGCCGUGGCUCGCGCCAUGAAUGACAACCGUCCGUCCGACUGCCCCUUGGUCAUCGGGGCCAUCAAAGCCAACAUCGGCCACAGUGAAGCAGCCAGCGGCAUCUUUGCCGUCAUGAAGGCCGCGCUAAUGACCGAGGCCGGCGUCGUGCCGGGUGUCUCUGGGUUGAAAAACCUCAACCCGGCAAUCCGCGAAGAAGAGUGGAACAUUCGUGUUGCGAGGGACACUGUCUCAUGGCCAGAAGGGUUUUCGGCUCGCAGGGCUGGGGUCUCCUCGUUUGGAUACGGCGGCACCAACGGGCACGUUGUUGUUGAAGGCGUCAACUCCCUUCAUCCUCUCUACCGCCACGGGCACCGACGCAGUGAGGCCUCCUACGACUACUCGGGAGCAGACGUCUCUAGGCCAUUUCUUGUGGGCUUCUCUGCUCACGACCGACCCACGCUCGAGCGCAACAUUGCCGCCCACGCCGCCGUUGCCCCAGACUUCUACUUGCCAGAUCUUGCCUACACGUUGCUGGCGCGCCGCUCUCGCUUCUCCUCGCGUGCUUUUACCAUUGCAUCUGAAAAGCAUGGGGCCGCCGAUUUUGAUCUGUCUGCCUUCACUUUCGGCAGCGCUCCGCGCACUCCGCCCAGCCUAGCUUUCAUCUUCACUGGCCAAGGUGCACAGUGGCAAGGCCUGGGGGCCGAUGCAAUGGAAACCUUCCCCCGAUUCCGCGCCACAAUCCGCACUCUGGACCGUGUUCUACAGCGCCUCGACGAUACCCGUCCCGAGUGGGCAUUGGAAGACGCGCUUUCGAAAGACGGCGAUGCGAUCAAUAUCAAUGAUGCAGAAAUUGCGCAGCCCAUUUGCACUGCUGUCCAGAUUGCAAUUGUGGACUUGUUCGCGCAAUGGGGCAUCACACCCACAGCCACAGUAGGCCACUCAUCCGGUGAGUUGGCUGCCACGUAUGCGGCCGGGUUGAUCUCUGCGCCGGAAGCCAUUAUCGCAGCUUAUCUGCGUGGCUUCGCUGUCAAGCGCCAUGCACCCCCGGGGUCCAUGCUGGCUGUUGGAUUGGGUGCGAAAGAAGCUCUUCUCCGCCUGUCUUCAUUCAACCACCUUCUUUCUGUGGCAUGUCAGAACUCGCCUGUUAGCACCACUCUGAGCGGUACAUCUGAGGCCGUCGCCGAGGCAAAGAAGCAACUUGAGGCAGAGAAGAUCUUCGCGCGUGAACUUCCCACCGGCAAAGCAUACCACUCUUCUCAGAUGGAUAAUGUAGCCGUGGCGUACGACGCUCUUCUCGCACAGUCUGUCGGAAGCCUUGAUAAAGCAAGCCUGGAUUGGCGUCGUCCCCGGGCCACCUGGUUCUCCUCCGUCACUGGGAAAGAAUUCAGGGGCGACCAUGUGCCGGCGACAUACUGGAGUGAGAAUCUUCGCAGCCGCGUCCUUUUUGACGAAGCUGUUACUUCUCUUGGAAAGACACCGGGGUUGGAGAGCAUCGGUAUUGUGGUCGAAGUUGGCCCACACACUGCUCUCAGUGGACCGUUCAAGCAGAUCUGCCAAGAAAACAAGUUCGAACACUUUACAUACGUGGCUUCGUUGGUCAGAAACAAGGACAGCGCCGUGCAGCUUCUCAAAACAGCCGGGGCACUAUUCAUUCAAAACUACCCCAUCGACGUUGACGAAGUCAACGCCCUAGACGGCACAAUUGGGAGCACUCAGAAGACCCGCCAACCAAUGGUUCUCGUAGACCUCCCCCCCUAUCAGUGGAACUAUGAGAGAACUUUCUGGACCGAGCCACGUCUCAGCCACGAGCAGCGCAACCUCACUCAUCCUCGCCACGACCUACUCGGCAGUAAGCUGGUGGGCCUCUCUGACCGAUCGCUUGCAUGGAGGAACAUUCUUCGUCACAAAGACUUAGCAUGGCUGAAGGACCACCGCCUCGGCAAAGAAGCAGUUUUUCCCGCGGCAGGCCACCUUUCUAUGGUCUGCGAGGCUCUCCGGCAAGUCUGUGAGAAUAAGAGUAUCGAAGUUGAAGGCGUGACGUUCCGGGAUGUUGCCAUCAAGGUUGCGCUCGUGGUUCCAGAGACGGAUGACGGAGUUGAGAUACAGCUUCGCCUGGACAACGUCGAUGACACUUGGUUCAACUUCGCGGUCGAGUCCUAUGGCGAUGGCGAAUGGAAGCUCCACUGCCAGGGUUCGAUCGCUGCCAACUAUCAAGCUCAGAAGCCAAUUGAGCAACACUCUCACCCUGUUGAUACAAAUAAGCUGAGCCAGCGCAUCCCAGGCAAGCGAUGGUAUGAUGCUUUUAACAGGGUCGGCUUUGAGUACGGGCCCAGCUUCCAGCCUCUGGGUAGUAUCCGGACCAACACUAAGUACCAUGCUGCCGCUGCUGAGGUCCGCGUUGCAACCGAGUGUGGCCUUAUCUCGGGCGAGUCCCGCUAUUUACUGCAUCCUUCCACCAUUGACGGGUGUUUGCAGCUCAUUAUCAUCUCCAUCAACGCCGGUCUGCACAAGGAUAUGCCCCAUGGAGUGGUUCCCAUCGGAAUCGAUGAGUUGUCGGUUUGGCCGCCUUCUGAGCAGUCCAGAGGCACAGUAGGACAGGCCGUUGCGUGGACUGAUGAGCUUGAUGGCCGGUACUUCAAUACCCACACGAAGCUUUCCACCGAAGAUGGACAAGUCGUGUUGGACGUCAAAAGCCUUCGCUGCGUUUCUUACGAGGCCGCCGUACCGCAGAGUAGCAAGGCUUCCAGGCCCCGUGAACCAUACAUGGAAACUGUAUGGAAGCCUGACAUUGCCAACCUUACGACUGACCAGGCCAUCCGUGCUUUUCCGACGAUCCGGUCAGAAGAAGACUCAAUCGCUGCUGUGGUUGAGUUGAUCCAACACAAGAAGCAAAUCCAACGUGCUCUCUUCAUCGGACAGGUAGAUUCAAAGACACUGACAGCGGUGCUUGCGAAGUUGACUGCGGCAACGGAGGUUAUUCUUGCCGGUACAUCCAAUGAUCUUUUGGAUUCGAUCAUUGAAAAGCAAGACUUAUCUGCCAACGUUUCCGCCUUCUCUACCGAGGGAGGGCUCUUCGACUGGACUGAGACUUCAGUUGAGGCUGCAGAUCUCGUCAUAGUCGGCAAAGGUUGGGUAGAAGCGUUAACCGCGGAGCACCUGCUACAAGGCCUUGAAGCUGUUCUCACGGAGAAAGGAAGGGUCAUUUUCUCUGCGCCCAAUUCAGCGUCUGAGUCGCUUGAGAGACUACUCCCUUCACAUGGAUAUGUUGACUCUAAGCUGCAUUUCCGACUUCCAGACGUUUCUGUCAUCGCUUCAGUCCAUGAGGGCAGCCACUCGAACGGACACGCUCCGCUCCAACGGAAGGUUACUAUUGUUACCCACAGCAAUGAGCCCGAGUCGCACAGCGUCCUCUUGUCCGCAUUCCUAAGAGAGCAUGGAGAUGUAGUCCAGCACACUGACAUCUCUAAAAUUUCCACAGUUCAACCGGGGGCAGGGGAACGAUUCAUCAUUCACGACACUUCGGGCAACAUGAUCCCUUCAUUGAACGAGUCUACUUUUGAUGCACUAAAAAAAAUCCUGACAUCUGGUGUUCCCACUAUCUGGGUAACUUCGGGGGUCAAUGAGGGGACCAACAUCUCAGGCGGCAUGAGCCAGGGACUUCUUCGAGCCAUCCGGUCGGAGCAAGCUUCCGCUAAACUCCUCCUUCUGGACACUGACGCUACCGAAACCUCCGAGCUUGUUGGAGAAGCUAUCCUCGGGAAGCUUGGGGAGAUUCAGACCAAGCAUUCUGGAGCAGACACCGAGUUCUGGCUGCACGCAGGCAUACUUCAUGUGGUGCGCUUACUGCCAAACCAGCCACUGAACGCUACAUUUUCUUCCACUUCUUCACUGCCGGAGAAAAGGGUACUGUCAAACAAAGACGCAUUGCAUGCUACCUUCGCAGAUGGCGGACUGGUCUUCCAGCACCUGAGGCACGGAGCCCUUGGCCAAUAUGGUGUCCGGCUCCAAGUUGGCUACGCAAGCUUCGAAAAGCCUGAUCUGCAAGCCCACACGAGUGGUCCUCGUAUUGUCUCUGGACUAGUCACCGCCGUUGGCUCAAGUCUUUCUUCUGACUUUGUUGGCAAAAAAGCUGUUGCUUUUGCACCAGACGCAUUUGCCACGAGCAUCACCGUCCCGGUAUCCUUGUGUGGUUUCUACCCAGACUCGUUGAAUGAUGCUGAGCUUGUUGCGACUCUUCCAAGUCUGACAAGCGCUUUCAAUGCUGUUGUCAACAUUGCCAAGGUGAAGGCCGGAGAGCGUCUUCUAUUGCUUCCUGCAAGGCCAUCUUUUGUUGCUGCUGUUGCUUCGUUGGAGAAAAGAUUGGGCUUCCAUCUAACUGCAGUUGUUGCUCAAAACGAGUCAGAAAAGGAAAAUUACAUCGCUGCAGGCAUCACUGCGACUCGUGUGUUGCUGUCCUCUGAUGUAUCGUCUAUUUUGGCUCUGUUUGAGCCAAAAUCCCACGGCGGAGGAGCUCCCGAUGCUAUCAUCUCUCACGAUUUUUCCACUCUCGCCAAGGAGACCUGGCGCUUUGUUCCUUCUGGUACACGCUUUGUCUUGAAUGACGUAAGAGUUGAGGAAAAUCCCGAUUCCUUGCCAUUCCUUCGGGGCGCGUCGUUUCUUUCCACUGGAUUGAAAAUCAUAUACAGAAGUCAGCUCCGGAUACUAGGAAGCAUCUUGAGCCAAUCCAUCGAUUUUCUCGUCGACAAUACCCAGGCACUUCGAAAACCUGCACUGCUGGAAGUGGGAGGUCUCAGUAACACUGAAGAGGUCUCAUUUGGGGACGGGUAUCUCGUGAUAAAGUACACUUAUGGGCAGGACUUGAUCAAGGUACAACCGACGGCUGAAAAGGUUAAUUUCUCCUCUGAGGUUGCUUAUCUCCUGGUGGGAUGCCUUGGUGGUCUCGGCCGUAGCCUCACAACCUUCAUGAUGGAAAGGGGUGCUCGUCACUUUGCCUUCUUGUCUAGAUCUGGUGCAGACAAGCCAGAGGCAGCCUCCCUCGUUGAGUCUUUGAAGAAAGCCGGUGCACAGAUUCAAGUGUUCCGCGGUGAUGUUUCCAACGAGGUGGACGUGGCAUCCGCCGUCUCCACAAUUACCACGUCUCGUCCCAUUCGUGGCGUUGUGCAUGCUGCCAUGGUCUUGCGCGAUGGAAUGUUUGACGGCAUGACGUUCGACCAGUUUACGGCUGCCAUAGUCCCCAAGGUCAAAGGCGCCCAGAGUUUGCACAAAGUCUUCAAGGAUACGGCGCUUGACUUCUUCGUCAUGACGAGUUCCAUCUCUGCAACCAUGGGCAACCCUGGCCAGGCAAACUACUGCGUGGCCAACAGCUACCUCGAUUCUCUCGCCUGGCAUCGCAAUUCCCAUUUGGGUCUCCCAGCUACGUCGCUUGUUUUGCCAAUGGUGCUUGACGUCGGAGUAGUCGCUGAGAAUGAGGGCAUCGAAGAGGCGCUGUCACGCAAGGCCAUGUACGGUAUCGACGAAAGCGAGAUGCUGCGUGGAUUUGAGAUGGCCAUGCUCCAGAGGGCUCGGAAUGGCCCUACCACUCUUGGUAACUCGCAGAUCGUUCUCGGCCUAGAGCCUGCCUACCUAGCGGCUGCGAUUGAAUCAGCAGAUUCCUCUGACGACGUAUACUGGCUCAAUGACGCCCGCUUCCAAAUCCUCCGCGCUGGGGUGGAGGAGAUUAGAAAGGACCCAGAGAGUGGUAGUAGCGGCAGUGGAGAUUUUACUGCUAUUCUCAAAGCGGCCCAGGCGGAAGGUCUCGAUUCUGUGCUUGCAGCCAUCGCCGGGAAUGUUACUCAAAAACUUUCAAGCAUGUUGUUGAUCCCGGCUACGGACAUCGAGUUCGAUGGCUCAUCAGUGGCGGCAUAUGGCUUAGACAGUAUGAUUGGCGCGGAGCUACGAAACUGGCUGUUUAAGCAGUUUGGGUUGGAGAUAACUUUCCAGUACUUACUAGCGCCAAAGAUGACGGUUAAGGCGUUGGCUAUCGCUAUAGCAGAACACCUUAGCGUUAUAGAAUAG